CUGGAUCGAUUUUCUCACCAAGCAUCCGAAAACGCAUGGCAUGGAGGUUGCGAUGAAGUCUGCUAGGACGCUCCAACUUAUUUCCAAGUUGAACACUUGCUGCUCCACAGCGCGUCUGUCUGCCCCGUUUGCUCAUGUUCGCUACUGCGCCACCAACAGCGGAGAAGACGCGACCAGCAAUAAUGCUCCAGAUAUUCUCCAGCUGCAUUUGAGAGCAGAAACUAAAGUUCAGAAGAUCAGUAAAGCCAUGAAAGCAUACCUGGAGCGGGCCAAGGCAUACGAUAAUUUUAUAAAGAAGGAGCAGUAUGAAUUCGACAUUGGGAAGCGACAUCUUGCAAACAUGAUGGCUGUUGAUGUCGACGAAAUGACGCAGGAUGACAUUGACAGAGCCAUUCAGUAUUUGAUGCCUUCAGGCCUACACGAGCCCAAGGCUCGACCGAUCAUGAAGCCUCCUGAAGACGUGUUCCCCAGAGAAAAAGCUGCACAGUUCGACUAUUCUGGAAGGCCGUUUCACUAUCUCUUCUACACAACGAGACCCCACUACUACGGCGUGUUGCACGAUGCAGUCAGCCAUCUGGCAGAAUUGAACCGCCUGGAAUCCCGAAUGCUCAACAGAGGAGUGGCAGAACCCGAAGCUGCACUAAAGUUGAGUCUGCAAGACAGUGUCUGGCUUCCGAAGAAAGAUCUUGAAGUGCUGCUGGUGGAGUCAUUGAAAGAUAUUCAGUAUGAGUACUUCGUAAAGACCCUUGAUCGAUUAGCAGAGCAUCCAUACUCGUCACAAGCCAAGGAAUUCAUCAUGAGCUACAGAAAACCGAGGAUGGCAACAUUUAUUCGGGACGAGAUACCACCGUUACAGUAUGACGAAACUGGUCGACCUUAUGCCAAGGGUGAUGGUGCCAGAAAGCAUGUGAGAGCUGAGGUGACCGUCUGGGGCAACGGCACGGGACAAGUGAAGAUCAAUGGUCACGGUAUUGAGUACUUCGACGAAGUCGUAGACAGGGAGCAGGUAAUGUUUCCCCUGCAGUUUACGGGACUGCUCAUGAAAGUCGACGUCGAGGCGACACUCAACGAUGCCGAAGGAUCAAGUGUCCGUGCGAAUGCCAUACGGCAUGGACUGUCAUUAGCUCUUCGCAGCUUCGUCUCCGAGAAGGAGGUGGAGAGAAUGAGGCUGGCUGGAUUGCUGACGAGGGACCCUCGCCGUAGGGAGCGCAAGAAGCCAGGCCAAGAGGGUGCUCGUCGCAAGUACACUUGGCUCAAGCGGUAGUCUGAAGAUGAUGAAGACAUCAAAGUAGUUA